AUGAAAGACAUCAAUCUAUCGAUAGGAUUCAUCAUAUGCUUUCUUAUUUUAAUCUUUAUAACUAAUGUCAAAAGUAUAAAAUCGUCAUCUGUUGUCGUUAUUGGACAUCGAGGUGCAUCUGGUUAUCUUCCAGAACAUACAUUAUCUGCUAAAGCUCUUGCUUAUGGUCAAGGUGUUGAUUAUAUUGAACAAGAUGUUGUUUUAUCGAAAGAUAAUGUACCUAUUGUUAUUCAUGAUAUUUAUUUAGAUGAAAUCAGUAAUGUUGCUAGUCAAUAUCCGACACGUAAUCGUUCUGAUGGUCGCUUUUAUGCAAUUGAUUUUACAGUUGCAGAAAUAAAAACAUUACGUGCUAGUGAACGUUUUAGUCAUCAAACAGGGAAACCAAUAUAUCCAAAACGUUUUCCUCUUAAUCAAUCAACAUUUCAUUUAGUUACUUUAGUUGAAGAACUUGAAUUUAUUACUGGUCUUAAUAAAGCAAAUAUUGAUAAUAAUAAACAAGUGGGUGUCUAUGUCGAAAUUAAAGAACCAUCAUAUCAUAGAAAUGAAAAUCGAUCAAAUUUUAGUGAAAUUGUUCUUGAUAUAUUACGAAAAUAUAACUACACAAAACGUACCGAUAAAAUAUUUUUACAAUGUUUUGAUUUGGAAGAAUUACAACGAAUUCGUUUACAACUCCAAUCAGAUUUAAAACUUGUUGGUUUAUUACCAGAUAAUAAACAUCGAAAUAUAUAUAGCAAAACUGAUUAUACCUAUUGGAGAAGUGAUGUAGGAAUAGAAGAUAUGUCAACAUUUGUUGAUGGUAUUGGUCCACAUUAUUCAUUAUUAUAUGAACAAGGAAAUACAUUAGAACCAUCGAAAUUAUAUAAUGAUGUUAGAAAAAAUAAUUUAUUUAUUCAUCCAUAUACAUUUCGUAAUGAUGCAGAUCUAAAACCAUUUGCAACGUUUGAUGUUAUGUUAGAAUUUUUUAUUGAUAAACUAAAAGUUGAUGGACUGUUUACUGAUCAUCCUGAUAAAACGCGAAAGAGAGGAGUGUCUCGAAUGCUUGUAAUCACCAUACUAUUUCUCUAUGUCCUUGGAAGAGUUCAAGGAGUAGCACGUCCGUUGGUUAUUGGUCAUCGUGGUACAGCCUAUUUGCCUGAGCUUACGUUAGCUUCACAAUCAAUGGCUUAUGCUUACGGUGCAGAUAUAAUUGAAAUUGAUGUUUGUCUCAGUCGAGAUAAUCAAUUGAUUGUAAUUCAUGAUAUCUAUUUAGAUGGAGUGAGUAAUGUAGCUGAAAUUUUUCCAAAUCGAAAUCAUUCAAAUGGUUUUCAUUAUGUUAUUGAUUUUGAUUUAGCAGAAUUACGUCGUUUAAGUAUUCGUGAACGUUUUAUACCAUUCAAUGGUACACAAGUAUUUCCUUUACGGUUUCCUUCUAAUACGAAUAUUUCUUUUCAUCUUUCAACGCUUAAUGAAACAAUUGAAUUAUUACUUGGCCUCAAUCAUGCUACACGUCAACGUCGUCAAUUACUUAUAGAAAUAAAAAAACCUGAAUAUCAUUCUAAAUAUAAUAAAUCUAUUUCAUCUAUUGUACUUGCAACAUUAAAUGCUUACAAUCUAAUACAACCAACAGAUCCUGUUAUUUUACAAACAUUUCAUAUAGAAGAAUUAAUGCAUAUUCGUCGAAAUCUCGGUAGUAAAUUACGUUUAUUUGCAUUAAUGACAUGGAAUCGAAUAAAUGAAUCAUCAAGUGAUUAUGAUUUUUAUCGAAGUGAAGAAGGUAUUAGAAAUUUAUCAAAUAUUGUUCAAGCUCUUGCACCUAAUCAUGAAUUUGUUGUUAAUUAUGAUUCAAAUGGUACAAUCUUAGGUGUUACUAAUUUGACAAAAUGGGCUCAUCAAUAUGGUCUUGCUGUUUAUCCAUAUACAUUUAGACAAGAUCUAUUUCCUGGCAAAAGUUUUGAACAACUCAUUGCAUAUUUUUGGGAUACAGUGAAAGUGGAUGGUUUUAUAACCGAUCAUCCAAAUGUGAUUCUUGAAUAUUUGCAAAGAGAAAUGACAUUAACUAAUUUCACUACAAUAAAUCCAAAUUCGUCGUCGUCACGCUUCGUUUUAUCAAUAAUGAUACUUAUUUUCAAUAUUAUAGUUAUGUCAAAAAAAUUCACCGGACCUUAUUAA